CUGGAUCGGUUUCGACUAGUUUCGAUCGAUUUCAACUUGCUCCGUUGAACAACGACCAGACCUGUUUCGACCAAAACAUGAGCCCGUUGAACAACGACCACUUGACAGAAACUAGUCGAAACCAAUCGCUACUUACGAUUGAACGCAGCUAAAGAGACGAAAUGUCACGAUUGGAAUUUUUGAUUUUCUGUCAGUGUCAUUCCAAUCGAGCAAAACCAAGCAGUCUUAAAUGCAGCCCUACAGCAGAGUUGCAAGCUCAUUAUUUCGAAAGGGAUCAGAUGGCGCCUCUUUGUUUACUAUACUUUUCCAGCAUAGCUGAUCAUAUCCGGGCAGGAUCGAUUUAUAGCGAUAAAGGUGGGACCGUGUUGAAGGUGGAGAAAGUCAUCUCCCAUCCCAAACAUGUUUAUCUAAAAACGGACUAUGCCGUGGCCUUGGUGUUUUUGGAAGGCCACUUGGAGGGUUCAGUUUCGAAGCAGAUAGGCCUCGCUUCCUCACAAGACUCUUACGCGCCCGGCGUUGUCGGAGAGGUCACCGGUUUUAAGCGCCCAGAUGCCAGUUCCUGGAGUUUCGGUGCACUGCAGGAAACCAACGUGACAAUUUUGAGUAGCGAAGAAUGUGCCGGAACAUUUUCCCCACCAAUCACAGAAUACACUGAGCGGAUGCUCUGUGCUAAUUCACCCGUUGGCCCGGAUGAAGGAUAUUGCGCUUUUUUUGGCAACCUAGUAGUGAACAACGAACUGGUCGCAAUACACAAUAAUGGAGAGCCAUGCCAAGCUCCGGAUUCUCCAUCGAUAUACAUAAAAAUGCUGGAUGUCAUUGAUUGGAUAAAGAGCUACUUGAACUAAUUGGAUUUGGCGUUAGGGUCUCGUGGAAUACUUCAAAAAAAACAGAUCUGUUUCAGCCGUUUAGUUAGA